AUGGAGGCCUCCUUGCUCUCAUCCACCAAGGAGUCCAAGAUCGAGGCCGCCACCACCACCAGCGCCUGGCGGCCCGUCACCAUCGCCGGUAUCAGCACCACCAAGCAGCCUGCUGGCCCCGACGCCAACCACAAACAGAUCUCCGUGAGCGACACCACCACCAAGCCGCCUGCCGCCAGCCCAGUGCCGAUCGUGGAGUCCCAGGCGGACGAGCUGGCCCUGCUAAAGGCGGAGCUGGAGAAGCAGCGCCGUCAGCUGAUCGACCUCCAACAGCUCAAGACCAAGAAGGCCGCCUCGCCGCCGCUAGCGUCUGCGGCCACAGCGCUCGACCUCAACGCCACACCGUCGCCGCCCGAGACCCCGGCCCGCGUCACGAACGACAAGCUGGCCGCGAUCAACCGGGAGCAGGAGGAGAUGCAGCGCGACAUGGAAGAAAUGACCAAGCUCAUAAACGCCACCCAGGCCCCCUCUGCGUUGCUCUCGUCGCUUGCAGCCGACAAGCUCCUGGGCAGCUUCCCGGGCUUCUCGUUCACGCCGCAGCCGGUUUCCGUUGCCGUGCCCGGGCCUGCAGCUGCUACUGCAGCUGCUGCGGACACUUCGAACGACGUGCGGUUCCGCAUCGUCGACAGCCGGCUGCAGGAGGACGAGCGCCUGCGCAAGGAGCGGGAGAUGCGCGAGCGCAUCCAGCAGCAGCUCGACAAGGAGAAGCGGGAGCGCGAGCAGCGAGACAAGGAGCGCGAGCAGGAAAGAGAGAAGGAGCGAACGAGAGAGAAGGCCAAGGAAAGGGAGCGCGAGCGGGAAAGAGAGAAGGAACGCGAACGCGAAAGAGAACGCGAAAGAGAGAAGGAAAGAGAAAAGGAAAGAGAGAAGGAAAGAGAGAAGGAGCGGGAGCGCGAACGGGAGAGGGAGAGGGAGAAAGAGCGCGAGCGCGAACGCGAGAAGGAGAAGGAGCGGGAGAGAGAAAGAGAUAGAGAAAGAGAAGAGAGAAGGAGCGAGAACGCGAGCGCGAGCGAAAAGAACGCGAACGCGAAAAGGCGGAAAGAGAACGCGAGCGAGCUCGAGCUCGAACGCGAACGCGAACGCGAGAAGGAAAGAGAACGCGAACGCGAGAAAGAGAAGGAGAAGGAGAAAGAACGGGAAGCGCAGCACCAAAAGCAGGCUCCGCAGCACACGAUCGCGUCGGUGUUGACGGAGCUGCAGCUGGAGAAGUACCUCGCAAUGUUCGAGGAGGAGGAGGUGGACUACCCGUCGUUCCUCCUGCUCGAGGAGAAGGACCUCGUCGACAUGAGCGUCAAGAUCGGCCCGCGCAAGAAGAUUAUGCGGAAGAUCGAGUCGCUGCGCGCCGCCGCCGCCGCCGAAGCCACCCCGGCCGACGCGGCCAAGCCGGCGGCCCCGGCGGAGGACCACAGCGGCGCCGUCGCCGCAGCGCCGUCGGCGGAGGACGUACACAACAAGAAGCGGUCGAGGGACGAACGUGACGACCGGUCGUCGGCUUCGCGAGACCACGGCGGCGCGCGCGACGACGAUCGGGAGGCGAAGAGGCGACGCGAGGAGAAGGACAAGCAGCAGCAGCGCGAGGCGGAGAAGGCGAGGGAGCGCGAGCGCGAGGACCGGGAGAAGAGGGAGAGGGAGCGCGAGCGCGAGAGGGAACGGGAGAGGGAGAAGGAAAAGGAGAAGGAGAGGGAGCGCGAGCGCGAACGAGAAAGAGAGAAGGAGAGAGAACGCGAAGACAAAGAGCGAAAGGAGAGGGAACGCGAACGCGAGCGAGAAAGAGAAAAGGAGAGGGAACGCGAGGAAAAGGAGAAGGCCGAGGCCGCUGCCGCUGCCGCUUCUGCCGCCGCCGCCGCCGCAGCGCAGCAGCAGGCCGGGCCGGGCCAGAAGGGCAACUACUGGGAGUACCAGGCCUUUGUCGACAGCCUCGAGAAGUUCGGCAUGCUCACGGCCAUGGCCCACGCCGGCCACCGGCCGCCUGUGCCCUUCCCCAACAUGCUGCCGCCCUUCCCCAACAUGCCGCCGCCGCCGUCGAUCAUGGCUGCCCUCCCGCCCAUCCCCGCGCCGGUCUCUGCGGCGCCGCCGUCGGCCUUCAUGGAGACGACGCGCAUCGAGCCCAUGGACGAGGACCGGGUCGUGGUCAAGCCCUCGGCGGUCUCUAUUCCUGUCGACCGCGACGAGCCCUCGUCGUCAUCGUCGUCGUCCCGUGGGCUCAGGCGCAGCGCCGAAAGAAGCAGCAGCAGCAGCAACCACAAGCGGAGCCGUCGCAGCCGCAGCCGCAGUCGGAGCCGGAGCCGGAGCCGAUCGUCGGAACGGGGCCGACGACGCUCCAGUCGGUCGCCCAAGCGCGAGCGUCGUCGAUCGGCGUCGCCUCCGCAUCGGUCCAAGGAGAGCGGGUUCGACCGCAACCGGCGGCCGGAGAAGGAAAAGGAGAAGGAGCGCGAACGCGGUCGUGGCGGCAGCCCGGGUCACCGGACCGUCAACCGCGCGCCGCAGGGCGUCAGGCCCUCCCGCUCCAUCUACGUCAGCCUCUCCUCCUGGCACCUCGUUGAACAGAUUGCGAUGCGCUCGGGAUGUCCGCCACACGCCGAUGAGAACGAGCGGACCAAGUUUGUCGAACACAUGCUCUGGACCGAGUUUGGCCGCUUCGGCCACAUCCUGAGCGUACGGGUUCUUGCCGGGCGCGACUACGGCUUCGUCAACUUCGACAAGUUGUCGGACGCAACGCGCGCGUUCGGUGAGCUCUCUGGCAAACCGAUCCUGGGCACCCCUAUGAUCACCAUUGGUUAUGGCCGGUACGGCACCGGAGGCGUCUCCAAUGGCCCCUUCCGCAAGGAUGCGAUCAAACGCAAGUGA